CUCGGUCGCCGAUCACAGCCUCCUCCGGAAGUCCAUCAGCCACGAUGCAAGUACUGACGGUGCUGAGCUGCCUGCUGGCCGCCGCCAUGGCGAGGCCCGGCUUCCUGGGCGCCGCCCCCGGCUUCUUGGGCGCGGGCUACGCCGGACCUGCCGCCUACGGCGGCUACGCGGGCGCACACCACUUCGCGCCGGCCAACAUCGUGAUCGGGCCCGGCGGCGUGCCUUUCGACACCCCCGAGGUGGCGGCCGCUCGCAAGGCGCACCUCACCUACGUGGCCGAGACGCGCGCCCGCGACGCCGCCGUCAACGCCGCCGACGCCGCCAGCGGCGCCGCCUACGGGGGCUACGCCGGCGCCACCUACGCAGCCGCUGCUGCCGCUUCUGCUGGCUACGCUGGAGCUGGAGCCUACGGUCCCGCCGGCCUGGGCUACGCGGGAGCCGGUCUGGCCGCCCCCAGCAUCCUGGCGCUCAAGGCCGGUCACCACCUGGGCUGAGCCCCAGCCUUCCUGACCCUCCGAGACUGACCGACGGACGCGUGUAGCUAUUUAUGAAACACACCUCAUAUGUAUUUGUACAAAGUUAUUUAUGAAUAAAUGUAGUUUUUGCAAGUGAA